AUGUCUGAACUCUCUCAAAUGACAUUGAAGAUCCUUUACACAUUGGAUAAUGGAUCCAAUGGUAGUUAUUUAGCCCGCUCAAGGGCUCCAAAACAGGUAAGAGUUGCUAAUAUUCCUAGUCCAUUCCCGACAGAUUCGAAUGAGCAAACGGAGUUGCGAAUUGGCGCCAUCCAUUUGAAGACUAUACUGCAUGAAAUAUACUUAAAUUCACCUGAAGUGUUAGACCAUGACACUUUAAAAGAUGGAUAUGAUUAUAACUUGUAUUAUCGUGACAUAUGUGAAGUGGAUGAGCCAUUAGUAAGCCUUGGUCUUCUUUCCGGGCUUCGAAAAAAGUUUCAUAAGAAUAGCCCCUACCAGUAUACAGAAAACAAUAUUGGUGAAGAAGAAAGUGAAGAGAGAGAUGAGGUAACUGAAGAAGAGUAUGAAGAUGAAUCUUUUAUAGUUACUGGAAGGGUAUGCUCGAAUGUUUCCGCUUUACUACGAAGAUCAUAUAGCAACAUCUCGAAUAAAAAGGGAAGGGUCGUAAACAACCAAAUUCCGGAAGAAACUUUGGAGGUUAAACUAAGAUUCACAAAAGUUAUAACCAAUUUAAGGACGUCUGGUAACAAUACUACAAAUUCUCGGAUAUCGUGUCUUCAAAUGCCGUCUUCUUUACCAUCAGCAACACUUCCGUUUACCCCAAAAUCGCAAUCUCUUUUCAAGACAAACCAAAUAAAAAAUUCAAGGAAUGCAAGGACCACGAUAACAAUAAAUAAUACUAAUAGCGGGACUGUGGGAAGAAGACAGACGAAUCCUAUGCCUGCUCCAAAAGCUGUCAGAACUCAGUCUUUACCCAUCUGGAAUCUUAAACCAAAUAUAGCGAAUACUGGUUUCCCAAGAAAUUCAAUUGCGCACAAAAUCUACUUAGCAGAUAGAAAAACAGAAGCCAAUCAACAAAACAACCAGCAUCAAAACAUAGCUUACGAAAUAAAUACUUUGCAAAACGAUAAUACUAUUCAGAGGACCAAGAUCGAUGAUUCGGUAAGCAAGAGGUUCGAUUUUAUGCUCAACAAAAGAAAGUCUACGAAAAAAGUGUCACCUGGUAUAGCAACGAUAGCAAAAAAACCAGCUUCAAUAAACAUAAAUCCAAAGCAACCGCCGAAGACUAGUGGUGAAAAAAAAGCAAAUGAUAAGCAAACGAUUGUCAAAGUUAAGAAUUCGAAUUCCAAAAAUUCGGCUAAGUCUACACAAGCAGGAUGUAGGCGAUCAUCAGUGAUAGAACAUUUAAAUGAUCAUGACGAUUCAAUUUUAAGUGACAUUCUAUCGGAACCAGGCAUUGAAGGGCAGAAAUUGCAGCAAAAACAAAAGGGGCGUAAGAUAUCUUUAACUAGUGAAAAUGAUAAAGAAAAUAUUCCACCCCAAAGCAUAACUAGUAAAGAGAACAAGCUUGAAGGUGACUUGGAUUUUAACGCUGAGUUCCCCAUGAGUGACUUUUCGGAUGUAGUAUUUAAAGAUGAGAUGGGAUGGUUUUCCAAUUUCAAUUGCAAUUUUUUUGAAUCACCAACUUCUGCAAGUGCAUCACAACUCAAUCAGCAAAAUUUGAAGCCUUCUAUAACACUCAACGAUCCAAACACCUGUAACACCAUUGCUCUCGAAAAUGAAGAUGUCAGUGAAUUGGAAACAGCGCAAAAUAAUAAAAUAUCUUUGCCUAGCGAUGUUGACAAAACCUCCCCAAUAGACUCGUUGUCUAUACCUUUAAUUGAACUUACACAUUCAAGCUCGACAACAAACAUGCAGCGUAUAUCCAUUAAAGAAGGAUCGACACUAAAUAUAACAGAUAGUAAUAAUGCCACCCCAUGUGAUAAUGAUAUAAAAGAUAGAAAGGCAUCUGUAAUAGAUUCGGACAAUACAAAACCUCAGGCAGGGCUUAUAAAUUUCUCUACUCCAGCUGACCAGCCAGCUUCUGAUAAUAAUGUUACAGCUUCGAAAAAGCUUACUAGCAUGCUGGAAACUCAGCAAAGUAAGAGAUCUCAUGAAGAAGUUUUGGAUGAAGAGGAAGAGGAGGAAGCCCUCAAAAAGCAAAAGGCAAUACCGUCUUCACCAUGUGGGAUGUUCAAUUAUCAUCAACCCAUGGAAUUAUCUGAGGACAUAGUUGAAGAAGAGCAAGGACACAAUAUCGGCGAUGAUAAUGAAAGCGAUAAGACCAACGAUUUAUUCUCAACAUUCAUCCAUUCAGGAAUAAGAGUAAGUCAGGUAGUAACAAGUCCCAUCGGUGAAUUUCAGUCAAUAAAACACUGA